GAGCGAGCGGACCCAGAGCCACCUCUCCAGCUUCGCCCCAGGCCCAGCGUGCUCGCUGCCUCGCUCUGCCGGAGCCUCCCUCCACCAUGGUCCACGUGGCCACAGCAAGAAGAAGAAUCCCCAUGCGGCGGCGGUGGCGACCGCAUUGGAGGAAGCAGGGAUGUGCGGCGCGAGGCCAAGGCCAUGGCACGCCUACGAGAUGGCCUAGAUUCUCGUGGGACCCACGAUGCCGCGCGCGCAGUAGCAUCGCACCCCGCCACAGGAAACAGGAUGCUGCAGGGAGGCGCCCGAAGCGCCGCCACGGGGACGAGGACAACCCAUCCCCGACCCCGACGGCGUUGUGCUGGCAGACACCGCCAUCGUGGGCGAGGACGACCGCUGAGGUGGAGGCGGCGGAGGAGAAGAGGCUGAGGAUCAGCCCGAGGCCGGACUCGUCUGCCGCUGCGGCGGCGGAGCGCGCGCCAGGCGAAGGCGGCCGAGAUGGAGGCAGCCGCCAGCAACCACCGCCAAGAGCUGGCGUCUUUGGAGCCCAAGCCUCGUGGCACCACACCAACUACUUUCCCAUCACCGAUGACCCGCUCGAGCCCACCGCCGCCGAGGAGGGCGAGGACGCCGAUGACAAUGAGGGCAACACGGAGGAGUGGAGGACAUUGUCUAGCGCCUCCGACUAAGCUAGACUGCAACUUUUAAAAUGUAUGUAAAUAGUUAAUUUAGCAUCUCACUUCCAGCAAAGAUGAUACUCACACGUAGUUUCAUGUUAUAAUGAUUUACGUGUUCCAGUUUCUUUUAUAUCUUCCAAGUUGGGUUGAUCAAAGCUUAUUCUGAAACCAGAUUACCCAAAAAAAUGUUUGUAUGAAAUUAAGAUUUUGUUUCGUAUUCCUCUUGGAAACUAAUGUUUUUACAAUGUUUGUCCAGCGGAUAUAAAAUUAAGUUUUUGUCA